AUGUAUACAAGAAUACUGUAUAAGUACAGUACAUAUCUAGCUGAAAUGCUGGACCUAAAUGGCAAACAACUAACCUUACCUCCAUUUGUCUUCCCAUCCAAUGGUGUAAUCGACGGCACAGAAACACCGCUUUUGCAUACAUUAAGUCAUUACAUGAAUUUCACGUACGAUCUCAUCGAUUGUCGCUUUGAUUUUGGCAUUAAGUACCCGAAUAACACAUGGAGUGGACUCAUUGGUAAACUCGUAUCCCAAGAGGCUGACUUUGGCAUAUUUAACAUGUUUAUGCUGGACGAGAGGGCAGAGGCGGUGCCAUUUAGUUACCCAUACUUUAUCGAUUCGGUCACAUUUACAUACCCGGCGCCCACCAUACGGCCCAAUCACGUAACUUUAUGGGAACCCUUUGACCGAUUCACC